AUGGCAGCUUCUAUAAUAGCCGCGCCUACAAUUGCAGCGCCUAUGACAGCACCUCCCACAACAGAUUAUACCACACAAGCUUUUACAGCUGUUGUUGCAGCAUUAGCUUCUACUCGUAUGACUCCCACAGCUACUGCGACAACUUCUGCAACAACUCUUUCAUCAACUCCUACUAUAAUAGGUCCUACCUCGGGAACUUUCGCAGCAAGAAGUUCCACAACAGCAAGUGCCACUUCAACAGCUUCUAUAACAAUAGCUUCUGCAGAAAGAACUUCGACCCCAACAGCAACAUUUAAUACAACAACUCUACCUACGACAACAAGUUCCACGACAUCCCUCAUAGCAUUCGGUGCAAGAAUUGAUUCUGCUGCAAGCAAUAUUGCCACCACAACAACAACUGAUCCUACAACAACAGCUCCCACCACAACAACUUCUUCAACAAUAGCUCCUACAACAACAACAGCUCCUACAACAACAACACCUAAAACAAUAGCUUCCACUACAACAACUUCUACAAGAACAACCCCUACAACAACAGCUCCUACAACAACAACACCUACAACAACAGCUUCCACUACAACAACUCAUACAACAACAGCUUCCACCACAACAACUUCUACAAUAACAACUCCUAUAACAACAGCUUCCACCAGAAUAACUUCUACAAUAGCAACUCCUAUAACAACAGCUUCCACCACAACAACUUCCACAACAACAACUCCUACAACAACAGCCCCUACAACAACAACUCUCCCCAUUACAAAUGCUUCCACCACAGCAACAUCUUCGACAGCUGCUAUAUUCACCGCAAAUUUAAAAAUGUGGACACUUCUGAUCAGCGUGAGCUUAGUUACCGUUGCUUAUGGCUAUGGCGAUUUGAACAAUCGACAAAGGUCUCCCUACUUGACCCACUGCGAUCGUAUUCAGUGCGACGAAAGUGAUGGUGAGGUCUGUGCAAUGCCUUGGGCCUCAAAUCAGGCGAUGACUUUCAAGAGUGCUUGCGAUGUGAAACGCAAUACCUGUGCCACUGGUCUACGAUGGCAUAUUCUAUAUAAUGGUCCUUGCAUGCCAACAUACUGUCCAUAUUACUGCCCCGAAGAGCCCAAGCCAGUAUGUGCUCGGCUCGGUAGAGUGCGACAAAGUUUUAAUACAAUGUGUGAAAUGCUGUUAGUAAAAUGUCGGGCGGGACAAUCUUGGGAGUAUUUACAUAGCGGCGAGUGCGAAACUUAUUCCCCCACACCGUACUUGCCAGAGGCGCCAAUCUACAAUCCAUACUUUCUGUAUGGUGCACAGCCACCUUUUGCAUUGGCGCCUCCAAUAAAUGGACAACCUAUAUAUUUCCAUCAGCCAGUACGAACACAGUACAUAGUCCCACCUCCGUUUUAUAGCCUUGCACAGACAUAUCAAGUUCCAUUGGAUGAUAUCCCAACCGAGCAGAGAGAGUGGAUUAACCCAACAUAUCCACAGUACCAUACUCCGUCCUCACGACCUUCGAAUUCAACGACAGCACCAACAUCUACCGAAACCCCAGCAUCAGCAGCUUACUCAACUCCAAGCAUUGGAGCUUCCUCAGGAUCUUCUUCAUAUCCAACAACAGCAUCCUACUCGUCAACAGCAGCCCCUACGGAAUCAACGGUUUCAGAAAGUUCUAGUUCAACAGAAACUUCGAGUUCGACAGAAACGUCUAGUUCGACAGAAACUUCAGCAGCGCCAUCAGUUGCAAGAUUGGCAGCUAACCAAGCUGCCACUUCCGAAGCUGAAUCGACAUCUUCUUCAUUUCCAACAACAGCAGCCUACUCGUCAACAGCAUCCUACACGUCAACAGCAGCCCCUAUGGAAUCAACGGCUUCAGAAAGUUCUAGUUCAACAGAAACUUCGAGUUCGACAGAAACGUCUAGUUCGACAGAAACUUCAGCAGCGCCAUCAGUUGCAAGAUUGGCAGCUAACCAAGCUGUCAGUUCCGAAGCUGAAUCGACAUCUUCUUCAAAUUCAACAACAGCAGCCUACUCGUCAACAGCAUCCUACACGUCAACAGCAGCCCCUACGGAAUCAACGGUUUCAGAAAGUUCUAGUUCAACAGAAACAUCGAGUUCGACAGAAACGUCUAGUUCGACAGAAACUUCAGCAGCGCCAUCAGUUGCAAAAUUGGCAGCUAACCAAGCUGCCACUUCCGAAGCUGAAUCGACAUCUUCUUCAUUUCCAACAACAGCAGCCUACUCGUCAACAGCAUCCUACACGUCAACAGCAGCCCCUAUGGAAUCAACGGCUUCAGAAAGUUCUAGUUCAACAGAAACUUCGAGUUCGACAGAAACGUCUAGUUCGACAGAAACUUCAGCAGCGCCAUCAGUUGCAAGAUUGGCAGCUAACCAAGCUGCCAUUUCCGAAGCUGAAUCGACAUCUUCUUCAUAUCCAACCACAGCAGCCUACUCGUCAACAGCAUCCUACACGUCAACAGCAGCCCCUACGGAAUCAACGGUUUCAGAAAGUUCUAGUUCGACAGAAACUUCGAGUUCGACAGAAACUUCAGCAGCGCCAUCAGUUGCAAAAUUGGCAGCUAACCAAGCUGCCACUUCCGAAGCUGAAUCGACAUCUUCUUCAUUUCCAACAACAGCAGCCUACUCGUCAACAGCAUCCUACACGUCAACAGCAGCCCCUAUGGAAUCAACGGCUUCAGAAAGUUCUAGUUCAACAGAAACUUCGAGUUCGACAGAAACGUCUAGUUCGACAGAAACUUCAGCAGCGCCAUCAGUUGCAAGAUUGGCAGCUAACCAAGCUGCCAUUUCCGAAGCUGAAUCGACAUCUUCUUCAUAUCCAACCACAGCAGCCUACUCGUCAACAGCAUCCUACACGUCAACAGCAGCCCCUAUGGAAUCAACGGCUUCAGAAAGUUCUAGUUCAACAGAAACUUCGAGUUCGACAGAAACGUCUAGUUCGACAGAAACUUCAGCAGCGCCAUCAGUUGCAAGAUUGGCAGCUAACCAAGCUGCCAUUUCCGAAGCUGAAUCGACAUCUUCUUCAUAUCCAACAACAGCAUCCUACUCGUCAACAGCAGCCCCUACGGAAUCAACGGUUUCAGAAAGUUCUAGUUCAACAGAAACUUCGAGUUCGACAGAAACGUCUAGUUCGACAGAAACUUCAGCAGCGCCAUCAGUUGCAAGAUUGGCAGCUAACCAAGCUGCCAUUUCCGAAGCUGAAUCGACAUCUUCUUCAUAUCCAACCACAGCAGCCUACUCGUCAACAGCAUCCUACACGUCAACAGCAGCCCCUACGGAAUCAACGGUUUCAGAAAGUUCUAGUUCGACAGAAACUUCGAGUUCGACAGAAACUUCAGCAGCGCCAUCAGUUGCAAGAUUGGCAGCUAACCAAGCUGUCAGUUCCGAAGCUGAAUCGACAUCUUCUUCAUAUCCAACAACGGCAGCCUACUCGUCAACAGCAUCCUACACGUCAACAGCAGCCCCUACGGAAUCAACGGUUUCAGAAAGUUCUAGUUCAACAGAAACUUCGAGUUCGACAGUAACUUCAGCAGCGCCAUCAGUUGCAAUAUUGGCAGCUAACCAAGCUGUCAGUUCCGAGGCAGAAUCGACAUCUUCUUCAAAUUCAACAACAGCAGCCUACUCGUCAACAGCAUCCUACACGUCAACAGCAGCCCCUACGGAAUCAACGGUUUCAGAAAGUUCUAGUUCGACAGAAACUUCGAGUUCGACAGUAACUUCAGCAGCGCCAUCAGUUGCAAGAUUGGCAGCUAACCAAGCUGUCAGUUCCGAAGCUGAAUCGACAUCUUCUUCAUAUCCAACAACAGCAGCCUACUCGUCAACAGCAUCCUACACGUCAACAGCAGCUCCUACGGAAUCAACGGUUUCAGAAAGUUCUAGUUCAACAGAAACUUCGAGUUCGACAGUAACUUCAGCAGCGCCAUCAGUUGCAAUAUUGGCAUCUAACCAAGCUGUCAGUUCCGAAGCAGAAUCGACAUCUUCUUCAUAUCCAACAACAGCAGCCUACUCGUCAACAGCAUCCUACACGUCAACAGCAGCCCCUACGGAAUCAACGGCUUCAGAAAGUUCUAGUUCAACAGAAACUUCGAGUUCGACAGUAACUUCAGCAGCGCCAUCAGUUGCAAUAUUGGCAUCUAACCAAGCUGUCAGUUCCGAAGCAGAAUCGACAUCUUCUUCAUAUCCAACAACAGCAGCCUACUCGUCAACAGCAUCCUACACGUCAACAGCAGCCCCUACGGAAUCAACGGCUUCAGAAAGUUCUAGUUCAACAGAAACUUCGAGUUCGACAGAAACGUCUAGUUCGACAGAAACUUCGAGUUCGACAGAAACUUCAGCAGUGCCAUCAGUCGCAAGAUUGGCAGCUAACCAAGCUGUCAGUUCCGAAGCUGAAUCGACAUCUUCUUCAUAUCCAACAACAGCAGCCUACUCGUCAACAGCAUCCUACACGUCAACAGCAGCCCCUAUGGAAUCAACGGCUUCAGAAACUUCGAGUUCGACAGAAACGUCUAGUUCGACAGAAACUUCGAGUUCGACAGAAACUUCAGCAGUGCCAUCAGUCGCAAGAUUGGCAGCUAACCAAGCUGUCAGUUCCGAAGCUGAAUCGACAUCUUCUUCAUAUCCAACAACAGCAGCCUACUCGUCAACAGCAUCCUACACGUCAACAGCAGCCCCUACGGAAUCAACGGCUUCAGAAAGUUCUAGUUCAACAGAAACUUCGAGUUCGACAGAAACUUCGAGUUCGACAGUAACUUCAGCAGCGCCAUCAGUUGCAAGAUUUGCAGCUAAGGAAGCUUCCAUUUCCGAAGCUGAAUCAUCAACAGAAGGUCCUACGACAUUUUCUACUUCCCUUCCAAGUGGUGUCAGUGCAGUCACAUCAUCAACCGAUGCUAAUAAGGAUGAUUUCACCAUGAAAUUCAUGGGAGAGAAAGGCCCUAUGUCGAUUGUAAUGAAAAGAGUUGGAUCAAAUGAAUAUUGUGUUGUUGUGAACGCCGUAGAUACAAAUGGAGGUAUUACAGAAGUUCUUUAUAACGGCUGUGCAUAGGUUCUAACAUACUAAAUAGUCUUACAUUAAGGAUUUUAUUUUGUUAGAAUCUCAAUCAUAUGAUUGUAGCUUUGAAGCCAGUAUAUUACAAUUGUUUUGCCUUAUCGUACAGGUAUAUAGGGUGCAGUUUAACUUAAGAGUGAUUAUAAAUUUACAAUAAUGUAUUUAACGAGUACAUGUUGCUUAUUCAAGUUGAGUGUGAAUAAAUGUUGCGGAUCAAUCGAA